GAGGGGGCGGGGCCAAACGCCUCUUCCGCCCGUUGCCCCGGAAGGGUGAUGUGGCUGGGGGUAGCGGAGGUCUCACUAUGUCUGCCAUUUUCAAUUUUCAGAGCCUACUGACAGUAAUCUUGCUGCUUAUAUGUACCUGUGCAUAUAUCCGAUCCUUGGCUCCUAGCCUCUUGGACAAAAAUAAGACUGGACUGUUGGGUAUAUUUUGGAAGUGUGCCAGAAUCGGUGAACGAAAGAGUCCUUAUGUAGCAGUAUGCUGUAUAGUAAUGGCUUUCAGCAUCUUGUUCAUCCAGUAGCAGGAAAAUGCCAGAAUUUAAUUGCUGUCAGAUUUCUAUAGAUAAAGGACUUCCCUACAGAAAACAAUGGGAAGGAUGAUUAUUGACCCUUUCAGCUGUGUACCUUGACUGAAAGACUCCUGGUUGCUAUUCUCAAUUAUAUGUGUUAAUGGACCAAGGUUGUUCUCUAUAAAUAACUAAGACGCAACUAUUAAUACCAGAGUGGAUUGAUAUCUGCCUGAUGAUCGACCUUAUUUAUAGUUCUGCCACUACAAUGGCAUUCUGUAAAUGUCAUUCUUUUAUGUCAACUGUUGAUCUACAGGAGGUAUUUCUAUCGCAUACAGUAGAAAGCAAACUUGGUAAAUGAUUGCUGAAGUUCCAUUCUGUAUGAUUCGGCGUGGGGGGGAAUUGUAUCCUUAUAUGAGAACAUUUCUAUAAUGAACAUUUUUUUUAUUUGAGAAAAAUGGUUGGAUGUUAUGCAAGGGUUCAUAAAAAUUGCAUUUGUAAAUAAUAAUGCUUUAAACAUGUUUUCCCUGGACAACGCAAUUUGUACUCAGUUUUAUCUGUGGCUUACUAUGUUUUACAACUUUAUGAAGUCAGUCUGUGCAGUACACAGAGAAAUUGCUAAGAUUGUGUGUAAGAGUGUUACAAGAAAAGUAUUGUUUUCAGAUCCCAUUACAAAAAACAUGAAUUCUUAUAGAUUUUCUCAAUUAAAGCAAAGAAUUAUAAGGAAAGUUUGCUAGGGUAUUUCCCCUUGAAAUCUGGAUCUGCAUGCAUCUUAAGCUUUUAUUCAAAUACCUGCUGCUAAAGAAAAAAACAUUUUAAAGAUUAAGUGAACUAAUUAGAACAGUUGUGAAAUGGUGGUUCCUAUGUUUCAUUGAUUUGUAUCUCAAGUCUUUAAUAAUGAAACAGUUAUUUUCAUUGCCAGAAAUUCAAACUGUAUUAAAAAAAAGACUUUGAAAACAGAUCAGUUGAUCCAAACAAAUGAUUUUUUUUUUGACAACUUGAUCUGGUGUCUUUUAGAUGUCUCAAGAUAUAUAACUGGUAAAUGCAGGUAUUGAGCUGUAUCAACGCCACUAAUUUAGUAUUCUCUAUUCUUAAACAUAUUUGAUACUAAUCGCCUUCAGAUUGAACAAAAGAAUAACAUCAGUAACUUUUAAAACAACAAAUUACAAAAGUGCAAUUUAUGUACUCUGCAAGAGUGCAGUUAUUUUUAUGGAUCUUCAAGGAGAAGGCAAAAAAGGAAAUUUUCAUGAUUGAGUAUGCUUAAAAUUUCUUUGUUUCAACUAAAUUCAGUCAGUUUCAAAGUAGAGUUCAAAACUUGUGAAACAUUUAAUUAUUUUAAGUGGGUUCCUUGUGUUGGCAGGUUGUAGGCCAACUUAAUAAAAUUCUUGCUCAAA